GCGGGAAGGAGGCGUGUGCCCGCGGCGCGGGCCCGCUGGUGCGCGCGGCCAUGAGCGCCUAGUCGGGCGCGCGCUCCGCCCUCCGUCCGCGGGGGAACGCAACCCCCGAGACCCGCGAGCGCCGGUAAUCGGGCUCCGGCGACCACCACCCCCUCCGGCCCCCGAGGCCCCGGCCGACCCGGCAGAGUGAACAGAAUACUGCAGUCAUAACAUCAGGCACCUAUGUGAGGAAAUUGGACUGUGAUAAUUCACCAUGGCUUAUGGCUUGCCAAGAAAGAACACAGUGAAAACCAUAUUGCGGGGCGGUUGUUUUAAAGUACAGGAACCUUGGGAUCUUGCACUGCUUACAAAGACCUGGUACAUGAACCUAGCCAACAUCAAAUUGCCUUUCUUGGAAGAAAUUACAUUUGGUAGUCCUUUUUACCUCCAAAAAAAUAAAACCACUAAGAGUGCUCUGCUCCCUUCUGCAGAAUCCAUCAAACUUGAAAGGGAGUAUGAGAUGAAGCGCUUGAAAAACCUGAAAUGUCAGAAAAUCCUAGCUGAGGAAGUUCAGUUUUCUCUAAGGGAAAGGCAAGUUGGUUUGAGAAGACCCCUUCCACCUAAGUGACCAUCAUCUCAUAAUUGAAUCUGUACUCUGAGCUUUCCACAUCCAAAGGCAAUGAAGGUCUCCAAGCUUUCACAGUGUGAAGUUUGGUGCAGACAUGAGUACCCACUGGUGGAUGAACCAGCUCCUGUGGGUUGAUGGGCAGCUCUGACAGAUCUUCUGUGUCCCUACCACAUACUUGUUCCUUUGUGUCACAAGCAACAACACUGUUAUAUCUACAUACUCAAACAUUGUGUCCUGUAUCAUCCUGUGACAGCUGUACCAGGGUGACUUGAUCCAGAGGAAAUCGUUACCAGUCCAGACACCCCUUGCUUUCAUGGUGGGCAGUUGGACUUUAGUAUCUUUUCCUAAGAGUGGACCUCAGUUGGAACCAUCCUAAUUCAUUUGAGAGAUUCUGAUAACACUGCAUUUCAAAAAUAAUCAAGAGUUGGUGGCAGCAGGCCCUCGUGCUGACUUUGGAUGGCCUCCAGCAAGGUUUUAACUUCAGAGCUGCUUUUAAGAAUUCCCAGACCUCACCACGAGGGCCAGGGGUGUGGCAUCUGAAAGCCGACUCUGUUCUCCAAAGGAAAGUGACAGCUUCCUUGAAUUAUUUUGGGUACCGAAUUUUUCCACAUUUGAUGAAACAAAUCAGUUAGAUUUCCCCUCUGCAAAACAUUGCAUCCUGGUUCUUUGAAAUCCCAUUGAAUUUGGAGAAAUUAUGUCUUGGCAUUCAACCUAUUUUCUUGGAACAUAGCGUGAUGCUGACGACACAGCCCAGUCACUCCACUUGACAAUAAAUUUGCUUGUCUCAUUUCGCUUGAAUAUUCAGU